UCCGGCUCGGCGCGCGCCACUUUCGAGAUGUUGUUUAUGUGAAGAACUUGAAUUUCUUUCGGAUUCACCUCGUAAAUCAUGGAUUCCAUGGCCUUUUCAUUUAUCUUAUCAACUUGAAGUACAUACUGGAAGCUUUGAAAGGACUUGGUGCACUGUAAUACUGCGGAUUUGGCUGGUUUUACUGGAGCAAGAUUAUAUUACAAACUUUUUCAUCUCCUCGAUGUCAACGGUAACUUCUAGUUGGGGCGCGUUCUUUAGUCUUGAAAGGAGGAUAAUUUGGGUUUUAAUGACGCUGUUCUGAAAACAUUCAGACCUUUGACUUGCCCACUCGUACCCAGGAGAGAUGCUCAAAACUAUUGGGCGUAAAAACGUCAGGAAACGUGGGCUUAUAAACAUUUACAGCACAGAUCAUAGAUAGAAAGUCAUUCCUCGAUGACACGAAUGGCUGUAACACCUCUGCUAAAGGCAAAAGUCGAUGAAUUAUUCCUACGAUGGCUAUCCAUGCCAGAGACUCAAAAGAUUCUCCAUGAGGACUUAGAGAGAGUCAUUGAGGGGCGGCCGAUCGCGGAGAAAACCGACAAGAAUGUGCUAAGUAAUUUGACAGUGGGUUCAAGUCGCUCGGUUUCCCCUCCCGCCCCUAGUUCGUCCCCGACCCCCUCCCGGUCACCUAGAAGUCCGAGAGAUGUGAGAGCGCUGAGAAAAUCCGGGACAAAAACUCCGCCGAUAUCGCCAAGGCUAGAGCGGCAUGGUUCAGGGAAAAAUCUCAUGAAGGAGCAUGUUAAAAUUGACUUAAAUGGCUCUGAAAUCCGCGAGGGUUGUGCAGCGAAUAUUCCCCAAUUUUACUUUCCAAACGGACCUCCACCACCGAGCGGAAAGAGACUUGAGUUAACUUUCAAACGAGUUUCUGAAGUCUUUGGUGUUUUUGAAGGAGGGAAAGCAAAAAAGGAACAAUUCUCAUCCGUGACAAAGGCAUGUAAUCUGCCCUUGUACUGGAAGCAACCACUGUUCGCCUGUGCUGGUGGUAACAAGAAUGGCUUUGUCACUCUGCCGAUGUUCACAUCUAUGUGGAGGAGGGUGAGUGCCACCUGCCAUGAUGAUGCCUCAAGGUUCGUGAGGCUGCUGGCCAAGCCAGGUCGUAGCCAUCUGGAUUCAGAAGAUUUUGUACCUCUCAUUCAGGAUAUUGUUCAGUCUCACCCUGGCUUAUCCUUCCUUGAGGAUGCGCCCGAAUUUCACUCAAGAUAUGUGCAUACUGUUAUAGCAAGAAUCUUCUACAGUGUAAACAGUUCAUGGACAGGAAAGAUAACAAUACCAGAAGUGAGACAUAGUAACUUUUUAGAGGUUUUAGCAUCUCUUGAGGAGGAGGAAGAUAUAAAUGAGGUGCUGGAGUAUUUUUCAUAUGAACAUUUUUAUGUAAUAUACUGCAAGUUCUGGGAGCUUGACACAGACCAUGACUUGUUGAUUGAUGAGAAGGACCUCUGUAAACACAGCAACCAUGCCCUCUCCUCUAGGAUGGUGAAAAGACUUUUUUCAGGCUGUGUCACAAGGGGUAAAACGUACUUGGAAGGGAAAAUGACUUACCCUAAGUAUGUGUGGUUCCUGCUGUCAGAAGAAGACAAAAAACACCCAAGAAGUAUAGAGUACUGGUUCCGUUGUAUGGAUCUUGACGGCGAUGGCGUGCUGUCCAUGUACGAGCUAGAGUACUUCUAUGAAGAGCAAGUAGCCAAAAUGGACGCUCUUGGGAUAGAGACGAUGGCUUUUGAAGACUGUCUAUGCCAGAUUCUUGACAUGGUCAAGCCAAAGACUGAGGGCAAGAUAACCCUGACAGAUCUCAAAAACUGCAAGAUGGCAUUCAUCUUCUUCAACACCUUCUUUAAUCUGGACAAGUACCUGGAAUUCGAACAGAGGGACCCGUUUGGCUCAGCCAGGGAAGUGGCCGACAGUGACUUGCCGCCCCCAACAGACUGGGAGAGAUACGCCCAAGAGGAAUACGAGCUCCUUGUAGCCGAGGAAGGCGCUGCCGAACAGUGUGACGGCUACGAAGAUGACUUUGAGGAAGAAGAGCUCCAGGAAUUUAACGCAGAAGACAACAUCCUCUCGCUAAAAGGACUGACGAGCGAUGAAGAGGACCCUAAACCCUGGGGGAUGGUGACAGGGAUUGACGAAGGUGAUGACGAUAAGGACGAUGAUGACGACUUCAACUUUUACUGAAGGGUGGUCUGCGGCUCCUUCUACUGAAGGGUGUACUUCUGGGUGUCUUCGCGGCUCCUUCUACUGAAGGGUGCACUUCUGGGUGUCUACCUUUGCUGCUGGUUGAGUCGCCAAAUGGCUGAGCUCGUGUCAGUGUCACAACGGAGACACCGAUACUCAUUCCAAAUGUGUGCAAUAAAGGGUUCUAUGAUAUAGCAUACCGAUAAUCCUAUCAAUUUUUAUAAUGGCAGGAGGCUAGUAUUCAAGUUGUCCCACGGCUCGAAACACAUGGGUGUACAAGCGAAAAGCCAGUAAAGCAUUCGUUAAGGGUAUAUCUCAGUGGCCUUAUUGCCAUUUACCGUUUCUUUACACAGAAGUUUGUAUCGCCCCGUUCAGCAAGGAUCCACUCAUUGUUAUAUGUCACCAAAUAAAGCCCUGCUAAGAAGAUUAUUUGGUAUUUAUUUGGUAGUGGCCGGCUACCGAGAUGUGUGAUAGCGUGGUUAAGCUUAUCGACUUGAAUGCAGAUGUGCAGUAAUAAAAGCAAAUAAAAUAUGUAUAACAUUUGGCGCAAUUGUCACAUUUCAGUUCCAGGGCAACCAACGUUCUUUUCAUGUACCGUUUCAAAUGCAAAUGCAUGUAAAUGAACCUAAAACUAAUGAACGUAUAUAUUCUGAAAAAAUAAAACGGAUGGCAUAGAUUUUGUUACGAAUAAAGGUCAGAUAAAGUCUUA